AUGGUAACAAAUGCUUAUCGAUUAUUUCUCAAUCGAUUAUGUCAAUCUUGUCCAUUGAAAACUCAGUGUGCUCUAUUUAACAAAUUUGCUGAAGAUCAGGAAAGAAUAUCACUUGAAUCAACUCCAUUAAAUCAUUCCGAUAUACAAACAAUAGAUAAUAAUUUAAAUGUUUCAUCUCUUCAACAUUGUUUUUUAUGUAUUGAUAUUUUACAUCGUUAUACUUCUGAUGAAUUUAUGCAACAAAUUAAACAAACUGCUCAAACAGCAACAAGUGAUUUUCAAUCAUUUUGUGUUAAUCUUUCUUUACCAUUGAAUUUACUUAUUCGUCAUGCAUAUUUAACGAAAUUUUUAACGAAAUUUGUUGGCGAAUGUAAUGAAAAAGAUCUACCGAUAAUUAAAGAUCAAUGGAGAAAUUUAAUGAUUGAUCGAUUAGAAGAAGUUCUUCAUCGACCUUAUCAAAUAGACAGUCCGUUUGAAAUUAAUAUAACAUUUGAUUUUAGUGGUGAAAAGGAAGAACUUGAAAGUUUACGAAGAUUUCGUUAUGCAGAUAAUCCAAAAUUAGCAAAAUCAAAUGCGAAUGAAGGAUUUACUCGUCAAGCAGUAACUACAAUUCUUAACGAUCUUACAUUCGAAGAUUUUGAACAAUAUUAUAAACCAGCUAUUAACGGAAAAACAACAUAUACAAUUUCUGCUCUACAUGAUUCAGUCUAUGUAGCUGGACGUUAUAAUAAAUAUUCGCGUACAUUAUCUCAGACUCCAUGGAUUAUUGAUGGAAUUCGUAAAGCUGAAACAUCUGUUGAAGAAUUAAUAGCACUUCCAAUAAGUAAACUUGUGAAUGCUAAAGAUUAUGUUUUUCUUUCUUCGGGCCGAGAAGAUGUCGAUGUACGAACAUUAGGUCGUGGUCGACCAUUUGUUAUUGAAUUUCGACAUCCUUCAAGAAUUCUUUAUCUACCGGAAGAAUUUGUUACUGCUCAACAUGAUAUUAAUACAUUAACAAAAGAUGUUCGUGUUCGAGAUUUACAACAAGUAACAAAAGAAGAAAGUAAUCAGAUUAAAGAAGGUGAAGAAGAAAAAACAAAAUGUUAUGAAGCUUUAUGUUACACUGAAACGCAAAUUGAUCAAACUGAACUUGAUCAAAGACUUGCAUCCGUUCCGAAUCCAAUAGUUAUUGAACAAAAAACUCCAAUACGAGUUUUACAUCGACGAACAGUAAUGACACGUCAACGAUCAAUCACUGAACUUUCAGCAACGGUGAUUGAUCCAUAUCAUUUUCGUUUACUUUUAACAACACAAGCUGGUACAUAUGUAAAAGAAUUUGUUCAUGGUGAUUUUGGUCGAACAAAACCAAAUUUAACAAUGAUACUUGAUCGUUUUGUUGAUAUUAUUGAAUUAGAUGUUCUAGCUGUGAAUAUUGAUUUUCCGCCAUCGUUAAAAAAUGAAAAUAACGAAAAUGAAAAAGAUAUUUUGUGUGAUAUGAAUGGAAAAUAA